AAGUUCCGGACCAUUGAGCCUAACAAAAAUUCGCGAUUUUUUUCUGGAAAUGAGAAGAGAAAUACAGCGCUACCUUUUGUGGCGAGCAUCGUUCUAAUUUGGAGUAGAAAUGAGGAGCGACUUUGUGAAUACUGUGUUGAGCUUUAGGGGAUGUCCACUGUGAGAAUUAGCUGAGCUGAAAACUGUAUAUCUAUGUGCGGAAACCGGUUUGAUUCGAUCUAUGCUUGGAAUAAGGAGCACGGAUGGUAGCAGGGAGCAGUUCUAUGCCCUUUUCACCUUUCUGUGGCUCUUGGCUGCGCUGCUAGGAUGCGUGAAAUACGCACGAAGUGAGACUGCGCAGUGUAAGUCCACUCAGACACUAAACCAUGUGGGUCUGAGAGGUGGCAUAGCUGCUGGAGACUAUAGUAAGGUUGGCAUAGUAACCAGCUCCCGCGCAUGCGCACACCUGUGUUGCCGAGUUCCCGGAUGUGAUGUGGCGUUUACAGCAAACAACAUGUGUUACACGCUCAGAUGUUACAGCGCCAAGCUUUGCGAAACACGACCCGCUCUUGAGUCUCGUUUUACCGUUACCGUCACAUAUGUGCGGCGAGGAGUUGGAAACGCAACGCACACUGUACUUGAUAUGGAUUCACCGAGAUGGACUGGAGAUUGGACACACAACAACGAAACAGCACAAGAUAAGAGCAAGACAACCCUUAAGGGUACUCCCCAGGAAAACGAUACACAUCCAUCAACUACUAUAUCUAAUAAGAGCAAAAUGGUUGGACACAUCCCGCAAACAAACACUGGAAGUAGUGGUGUUUCGCAUACGGGAAACACUAAAUUUAAUUCUACCAGAUAUGAUAAAACAUUUAGAGGAAUUGUAAAUGGGACUGACGUUGUGAGCGAACUCAAUACAGCGACAAAAACAACAAAUAGCAGUACAUCAAGUGCAUCUCUCAGGAAGGACAGCGGAAACAACAGCACAAUAACACAAAAGAGGCUCCCUACGCUCGCGAGUCUCAGAAAAGGACUAACAAUCACAGCUGAGAGCGCUCUACUAGAGAACACAUCUAAUAAUGACACUUCAAUACAAGCAAAACUGACUCAGAAGGUACCCGACAGCUCAAUCCAUGGAAAAACUGCACAUGUUACUAACACUCACAUAAUACCUACCAGUAACACGACCUCUCUACCAGCAAACAAGCCUCAUAAAACCUCUAAUAAUUCUAAGACUUCAAAACAAGAAACAGCCAUUAUGACAAGUACUAAAAUGCAUCGAGACAGUGUGAACGGCACAGCUACAAACAAAAACAAAAAAUCAAGUGCUGGACCAGGGACAAUGACAUCCAGUCCGUCCCGGACAGUAGGGUCUCUACUCGGGCUAGAUGACUCCAAUAAAAAUAUAACAAAGAUAACCGAAAUGGUCAAACAGGAGAAGAAGAAUCUAAGUCACGUUGUUACUGAGGUAAAUAGCACAGUUGCGAAAUCAACAUCAGCUUCUAUGAAUUCUUCUACACACCGACAUUUAUCUGUUUCUAUGGACAUUGUUAAAGCUGCGGGUAAGAUUAAAAAUGUUAAAAAUGGAACAGCCAAAAGUUAUAUUAGGGAUAGCGGAGCAAAUGGUACUACUAGAACAAUUUCGUCAGUUGUUAGUUUAGAUGGGCACCUUAAAAUCGAAUCAUCGCCGAUGUCUACAAAAGGCGUUGAAGAAUCUACACCUCAAACCAUCGGCACAAAAUCCCCAUCCAAAUCUAUAAACGAUACAUCAUCUGAAAGUGCGCUACUCGAUAAAAGCUUUGCGAUUGCUAGAAAUGCUACAACCGAAAAAACAGGUGCAAAAGGAAAAACUUUCGACAGUAAAGAAAACGGAACGUCACUGGAUUUGAACCUACCAAACCCAGCAAUAUAUCAUGGCAAUUCAUCACGACCCUUAAGCGCGGGCGUUAGUAGAUGGAUGGCAAUACCCACCAAAGAAGUAACGCCAGAUAUACCACCUAUUGUGACGUCUGAGGAGAGAAACCCAGACACACCAUCAGUAUUCACCACCAAGAAAGUAUCGCCAUACAUAAAAUCUGUUUUACCUACCAAGAAAGUAACACCAGAUAUACAAUAUAUUUUACCCACAAAAGAAGUAACGCCCGAUAUACCAUCUAUCAUACCUACCGAGGCAAACCCCGACACACCAUCUAUUUUACCUAUCGAGGCACUAAACCCCGAUAUACCAUCAGUUAUGCCUUCAAACAAUACCGAGGAUCCGCUAGACAAUAUAAAAAGCGCAAAGAAUAUCAGUACCGUUACUAUGACAACGCAGUCAUCAGAGCUGAAGCUCAGUCUCAAGGAUGGACCUGCUAACCCCGGAUGCAGGGCAAGCGGCGUCCUCUUCAACAAGACCCUGAUCCAUGGCUUGAAGUCCGGAGACUUCACUGAUUAUGGGAAGGUGAAGGACAUGGGUACGUGUGUCAAGUUCUGCUGUCAGGACGAUAGGUGUAAUAUGGCACUCAUGUUGGGCUUGACAUGUUAUACGCUACACUGUACAAGCCUUUUGACAUGCCGAGUCAGGCCCGCCCACCCUUCAUCUCUCAACCCAAGAAUUACAUUCGUGUUUAGGGAUAAAACACUAAAACUAAAGCCGGCGACAAGCACGCUUGGCGGACCAAAAGCGAUCAAGGGAAAUGUCAGCACUGGAACAAAAACAGCUCUUCAGCCAAAACAAAGAAUCACAUCCAAGGCCGUUUCUAAGGCCGUAGCUAAGAGACCUGUGGCUAAGAGUAUAGCUACUACUAAACCACCUAUUUCUACUGUUGCUCAGAGGGCCAGGGGCUCGCAAUGCAAACACGGAUCGAUCCAACGUGAUGUUACCCUUGCAGAGGGCCAGAAAGCAGGGAUUUUCAGGCUUCGUCCGAAAGCUAAAGAUAUGGACACAUGUCUGAACCUAUGCUGUAAGGAUAUCAAGUGUAACAUAGCCUUUAUGAUCGAUAAGUCAUGUUAUUCGGUGCAGUGCCACAGUAAAGAGGAUUGUAAGAUCACUAAGGCUAGAUUCAAACGGGCGAGAUCCUUGAUGGCGGUGGUACGGACGAGAAUGGUACCAAGUACAGACAAAAGAAUGAACAUCCCUCAAGUGGAACAAAAGUGCACAAUAACGCUUAACAUAACUAGCGAAGUGUUCACAAAACCGCUAGGGGACUUCGAGUCCUUGGAGUUCUUGAAUAUGGCGGAAAGGGUACAGACUGCGGUGUCGAUGGUGCUUGGAAUUUACAAGCAUUUCAAGGAAUCCGAGGUGGUGGCAUUCCGCCCCAGUCCAUUGAUAGCCAAAGUGGCUUUGACACUGUGGAAAGCCGCGCCCAUCAAAAAGAUUGUGUCGACCUUGGUUGCCAAAGUAACAGCAGGAAAAAUGACGUCAAUCGUCGAGGGAACCCCGUUAACAUAUCUUUUGAGCACCGAGGGUUUCACGUUCGUCACAUCAAAAGGUGUAGACCUUGUGUGCAGACCAGAGCAUGAUUAUGAUACCAGCUGGAAUCUCACGGUCUUCAACGAACAGGCCAAGAGUUCUUGCCCUAGGAAAGCUAAAGGACACGCCAGCAGGGGCUGUCAUGGCAGUGAGACUCGCAAUGCCACAUGGGGGAAUCCAAACUUUGCCGGCUGCACUUCACCACAGUACUUAAGUCUACUCGAAAAGGCAAAAGCGUUUGCAUCAGGAGCAAGAUCGAAAGCAAGUCUCAAGGAAUUGCACGCAAGUAUUGGUAUCACGCCAAGUGAAAUACUCAUCAAGAUGCAAACGAUGACCUUCGUUGAUACUUACCGUGCAUUGCUAGACCUUUCCAGGAAUCAUUCCAAGAACAGCACAGUCUCUAAGAACAGUACUAGGGCUCGGAAGCUACACGACCAGAUUGACACCGAUGUCCCUAUAACACCAAUCGAAAGACUCUCGAGCACACGUUUACUUCAACACAAUGGCACGAACACUAGCGUAGACAGUGGAGCAAGAAAAGCAGGUGUUGCUAAAGUCUUCAAAAAAGCCCCGCUCAAUACAGUCUUGAAUUCGAAAACGUCUUCGAGAACAAUGAUUCCUAGACCGGACGAAAAGUUGUCAAAAGCAAGUCAGAAACAAUCAGCAGUCAUGGAAAGUGUGUCGGCGAAAUCAAAGCUACCACAAUCUGGUUCAAACCUGAAAGCAAGGCUGAAACAAAAUACGCUGUCGAAAUUGGACAUAAACAAAAUUAUACCAGUUGCAGUGAACCGUCCUGCUGCGAAAACGCUAAUAUCAAAGACUAAGGCACAACCAUACCAGUCAAACAAACCAGCUCGAGUCAUGGCUAAUCAGAGGCAAAGUUCUGUCCCGAGGCCGGCACCAGUCUCUUAUGCCGGACGAUUGCCAUUGGUGAACACUCAAACGCCAUACUACAAUUGGCGGGCAGCACAGCAAAGGAAUCGCCUGGCACAAAAAGCUGCCCAACAGCCAAAGUUAAGCAACGUGGCUUACGGCUAUAACAACAGGUGGAAAAACUCAGGUACUUUACAAAGAAAUCAGGCAAUGUGGCAGCGUAAUAAGUUACCAGUGAGAAAGGCUUUCUGGAAUGCUAACCAGUAUGUCACGAAUUCCUGGAAAAGUGAUAAUCUUGCUCAGCCCUCAGUUUAUCAAAAUUGGCCAGGUAUCCAGCGGUCGUCUUCGUAUGGAGGUGUACCAGGGUAUCAGAAUGCAAGAUACGUAAACACGAAUGGGGGCCCUUAUCUCGGGCUGAGGACAAUGUAUGACAUUGGCAAGCGAAGGAAAAGAGAAACCAAGAUCCAUAACAUCAAAUGGAAAAAUGAUAAUGUAAAAAGCACAAAACGGUAUCGUUCCAGGAAAAAGAGGCAAGGAGGAAAUAUGGUCUGGUACAAUAACUAUAACAGCUAUCAAAAUAAACUCCCACCAGUUUCUAACUCUGAGAUCUACCGCCCUAAUCAAAAUGUAAGGUAUGCAGAUCCUAUUGUUACCAACAUACGCCAAUCCUAUAGCAACAAUGCCCCGGAUGUGCAGUCGCCAGGGUCCUCAUACCCCGGAAUGUAUGGUCUCCAGUACGCGAGACCAACACAGGGAUACCAGAACACUGGGACACCUCCGACACUGAACACGCCCACUGUACCAACACGACUAGUGUCCCAGGCAAGUCCAGCUACUGGAGCUACACCUCUGUACCCAGGUCUACAAACGGAGACCGAAGUUCUUCCGACGCAUGCACACCUCGGCAUGCCUUCUUUAAUCGGGCAACCUGCUAUGACAACUACUGGACCGCCUGGCACACCCAAAGAGCAAACUAAUACACCUUCAGGGCAGCAGAAUGCAAUCGGGAUAGGUCUGAAGGACAGAAUUGAUAGUCUUUUGGCGCCUGGGACCUUAGAGCAGCCAGCUCCUGAUAUAUUGAAUAGUCCAGAAGGAGCUUAUAGCACGGAGCAGCCAGCUCUUGAUAAAACUGGCAGCCUACCAGUUUCUGAAACAAUGGAACAGCCAGCUCCUACUGUAAAGGGACUAGAUAGCUUGAACAGUUUAGUGCCGCAGCUUGGGACUACAAUAGCGACGGUUGGUUUAACAACCCCAGCUGCUAAGCCUUCAAGUGUAAAACCAACAAGUAAUCCUGCAACUGUGCUGAGUGAUGGCACGACAGAAAACCCCGAAACGACGGAAGCUUCGAAAACAACGACAGAAGCACCAGCAACGACAACAGCAACGACAACAGCAACGACAACACGAGGCUCAGCUACAGUUUCUAAUGCCCUUUCACAGCUCAGUAAAACGUUAUCCGCGAUGAACCCUACAAACGAAACAUCAGAGGGAAAGAUUGAAGACAAAAUCUCACCUUCAAAUACUCCCACAAGUACUCUCCAUCGCACAAGCGUGACCGACUUAUUGGGAGACGACAUGCCACAGGCGCACAGGGCGCCUAUGUUCGGAGGGGAUCUAGUACUUGCCUUAGAUAUCAUGCGAUACUUGGCAGAGUACAACAAACUGGUGAAGCCACAGCCACCGGAAACAGUCGACACUCUCAAGCAAUUCCUUCAAGUUGGAAGCCACAUCCUCGACAAAAGGAACAAAAACGAGUGGAGAUAUAUCACUAAGGCGUCACGUUCUUCGGUGUCAGCGCUUGAUGUUGCACAAACAAUGCAGAGCUAUGGGGUGUCAGCCACGAACAAGCUUCACACAGAUGACAUGAGAAAACCGAUUCUCACAACAAACAUAAUGCUUAAUCUCCAAUCGGUUCAACCAACAAGCCUCGAUCCUACCCAAGACAUUGUAUUUCCAAAUUACUCCAAUCCAAGCAUAGCAAACUGGACAAGCGCGGGAAAUUCCUUUAUUGUGGCUCCGAGCGCUAUUAUGAAGGCAUCAAAAGGUGGACAACCCGUUCAACUUGUCAGCUGUCAAGUGCGCAAAAUAGCGGAUCUGUUACCAAGUACCAUGGUUACCAUCACCAGCGGUAAUGCCAGCAGGCUCAACAGCGACGCGCUGUCAGUAAGCACCUCCCCUUCACUCGGAACUGUCAUUCAACCGCCAGUCAAGAUAGUGCUCGCCCAUCUUAACAAUGAUCUAGGCAAAUAUGAACAGAAAUGCGUGUUUUGGUCUGAGUCAGGACGUUGGUCUAGACGAGGUUGCUCCAUAGUCGAAUCUAACUUGACCCACACAACAUGUACGUGUUCGCACAUGAGCACCUUCGCACUGAUCGCCGACACAUCCAAGAUCAAGUCUCUUUUGGUGCAGAAAGACCUACCUGUGGCCCGCCCCCCGCUUGUCCCUCCCCAAACAGACGAUGGCAACAUUAUCCUCUACGUUCUACUAUCUCUCCUGGCGCUUCUUGUUCUCGUGUUUGUCAUCUUGGCCGCUGUAUUCUUUUCCUGGAGGAGACGGAAAAGGCAAAAGGAGGGGAAAAGCGAAGGCAAAAAAGGGAAAGAAGCGAGUAAAGAACGCAGCAAACAGAAGCAAAACGCAUCAUCCGACAGCACACUUUCAUCAAGCAGAGAAGAGUCUUUUCAUAGCACGGGGUCCACAGAGUUUGACGAAAUGCUUGCAUCUAGAAGGCGCAAUGUCCACCCAGAUGAACGAAGGAAGCCCUCAGAAGGAUCACCGCGCUGGCAACGCAUGCGCAAGAAUGCUGAGAAUUCCGACGACUUAUUGAUCAAGGAGAAGUCACUCCUCCUCUCCGACUAUCACCAACCGUAUCACUUCCUCAGUAAAGAAGCGAACAAAGGUGAUAAAAACAAAGGAAACAAAGGGACCAGUGGCAAUAUCGAGGACCCUACGACAACAUCACGACAACCCGAUCAUGCUCAGCGAUAGCCUUAUCGUGAGGACGAGUUGGUCGAUUGUUACAGCUCGUGGCUCAGUUGCAAUGUCGAGGACCCUACGACAACAUCACGACAACCCGAUCAUGCUCAGCGAUAGCCUUAUCGUGAGGACGAGAGUUGGUCGAUUUAAACAGCUCGUGGCUCAGUUGCAAUGUCGGAGACCCAACGACACCACGACCAGGCCUUAUCGUGAGGACGAUUGAUACAGCUCGUGGCUCGACCUCUCCAUGACAAAUUAUCGAGGACCCGGGAAAACUCGUUAGUGAAAAUUCUAUAAAGCAAUAUAGGAAAUUAUGCUACGGAAAAUAUUUUAUAUAAAAACUUGGUUCAACUAAGUACCGCUCGAAUUGGGCUGUAAUUUUUUUUAUACUUUUAUACGCAUUAGCUAGAAUGAUCCGUAAGUAGGCGCUGCUAGCCAAAGGUUUAGCUUGAGCAGCCAUAAAAAGCGUAGAAAGAAGUUACAAAGUUAACGAGGAACGUAUAAUAUACAAUACUUUAAUAUUUCUCUUUAUAAAUACAGGGAGCAGACAAUUACUGCUUUUUAUAAACACGAUAAUUAGAAUACUAAUGUACCCAACCCAGCCCUUUAUAUGAUAAAGUAGUACUAUCUUUGAAAGAUAUAAAUGUUGAGACUAGAAGGACUAAACGAGAUUUAGUAUGUAAACGAGAUUUUAUCCAUCAGACAAGAAUUCUCGUUGUCAUCAAACAUUUCCUGAUAAAUUAAUGUCUAAAUAUAUGUUACAUCAACAAAUGAAAAUCAUAAAUAUUGACUCGAAUACGAAUCUUCCAUAGAUUAAUAAACAUGAAGUUUCAACAAUUAA